AUGGAUGCUCAAAGUUUCAGAAGGGCCGAGGGGGCUAGAAGAGAUGAGUACUCUGUGAAGGACAUGAUGGAACGCGUCGCGGUUGGAGACGUCAUUAAUGAGCGGUAUAAGACGGAGACAGAACCACCGGAAGGCGGCGUGGUCUUCAAACCGGGAAAGAACGACGAAAGAACAGAAGAGAAGAUAAAACACGAGAUGGACGACGAGAGGAUAGAACAGGCCGUCAAAGAGUACAAGGAAGUCUACGAGAAUCCCAUGGACUGCGAGAAUUUAGACUGCGAGAAUGUUCUGGAGGCUGUCUGUGGAGUGAAGCUGGAGAAUAAGAGGCCGAAGUAUAGGCUUUUCAAGAAUGAGUGCUUUUUUAGGAAGGUUAAUUGUGGGCUUCGGUAUGACUAUAAUAGGUAUAGAACAGUGUCCAUCGACCAAUGCGACGGAGUAGGCAGCCACCUGCCUCCUCAGGAGCACGCUGGCUGGCUGCAGUACCAGCCCAGACCCUUGCCAAGGAGUCAGCCAAGUGGAGGUGGUGGUGGGCAGAGCAGUGGGCGAAGAAGCGCUUCCAGACGAGACUACGAUGAAAUCAAAAAUAUACCAACAAGAAAAUACAAUCAAAGAAAAUUGGAAAGAUGGCCGAAUGGUUUCAAACAUGAUCUUAUUGCCAGCCAAGCUCAAUACAAAUCCAAAAUGAUGCAAUAUUUAUCAAGAGCACUAGGGUCUAGAACGGCCAUGACAGCGAACACGAACGGUCUCCCCUGCGACCACUUCUGCCCGGUCCGGUGUCCGGAGGUGUACGCGCCUGUAUGCGCGUACACGUACCCGCAGCGGGCACGCGUGUUCCAAAACCACUGUCUACUAGACCUGCAGUCGUGUAAUGAUGGUUCAGCUAUUACGACUCACAUGGUCACCUGUCUCCCCUGCGACCACUUCUGCCCGGUCCGGUGUCCGGAGGUGUACGCGCCUGUAUGCGCGUACACGUACCCGCAGCGAGCACGCGUGUUCCAAAACCACUGUCUACUAGACCUGCAGUCGUGUAAUGAUGGUUCAGUGUGGCAAGAACGUGCGCUAUCCGAGUGCGCGGGCGACGUGCGCGCGGAGGUGCACGAGCGAGCAGCGUUCAUCGGCUGGAUGCAGCGUAUGGGCAUCCUAGAUAAAAAGGGACAUCUUGUCCAGUGA